GUGUUAAAAGGGGUUUGAGGAAAACAACAGGUGUGACAUGAUUGAAUACCUCGCCUACUGUAUUUAUAGGUUGUGGAGUAAUGAAAUAUACUAUCUUUGCGAGCCCAGAGAACUUUUCGAUCUGUUUCAGCGAUUGGGAGUCUAAACACAUAAGGAAUCCAGAAUGGCGGAUUUUGCAGGUGCUGCUUUAGGCACACUAUUUUCUACACUAUACAAGGUCGUCGAGAACCUGGUCACGACCUCUAGGCAGUUUCCAAAGUACUUCCAAGACAUCAAGUUCACACUAGACCAUUUGCAACCACUGAUCGAGCAAGUAGAAGAUCCCAACCCGCAAUUUAGUCUCCCAAGCAGGGAAUUAGUGGAAGAUUUUCGAAAAGAGAUCAUCGAGGGCAUAAAGCUCGUCAACAAAUGCUCCAAGGUCAGUCGUUGGAACGGUGAGAAAAAGUAUAGAUACAGCAAACAACUUGCAGAAUUGGAUGGUUCUCUUAAAAGGCGGUUGGAAAUACUGAACACUUACGGCAUACUUGGUGGCCGGAAGGACACCAAGAAGUUGGUGAGGAUGACUCAGAGAUUGUAUAUUGCUUUGGCCAGCAUGGUGGCCAUGGUGUUGAUGGCUAUCUCUUUGUUCCUUUGGCACAACUGGUUUAGGCUUCAUGGAAAUUAUGAUCAGGUACCAAACUUGUCAAGCUUGCAAAUCACAGCGAAGGAGGCAAAGAGAAAUUGGUUAUCCCACCUCUUGAGGCCAGCUUUUUGUCUUUUGGAAGGACUGCUUCGGCUUAUGCUUUCUCUUUCACGAGGAGUUUUUCAUUUAGCAUCUUCCCUUUUGCAAGGACUAUGCUGGGUCGUUGUUUCUACUUUGCUAGGAUUGCUACGACUCUGUUGGAGACAUUUAGUUCGUCGGUAGUUAUUUGCUUGUAGGUAUUAUAUUUUCUCGGCCGGGCAAUUAUAGCAUUAUUUCUUGGUCUGGUUACUGUGUUAGUGAUCUUCUUCCAAAGUCCAGGAUCAUGGAGUUCAAGUAGUGCGGCGGUCUAAGACCGGCCUAAAAUGAGAGUCAAAGCGUCGAUAUCGAUCAAGAACAUCCUAAAUUGUUGGGCGAUUUCAUUAACGAAUUGUUAAUUGUUGAUUGCUUUAAAGUAAGAUUGUGAGGCUAUCUUAGCCAUGUUAAAGUGCUCUAAAUUGUGAGCAUACUCUUCUUUAUUUUGUGCAAGUUGUACUUUGCCUUUUUCAUAUUGGGUUAGCUGACCGAGAAAAAAGUUUAUUUUCUUUACUAAAUCUUGCUACAAAUAAUGUUAAUUGUGUGCUCCCACA